AUUGCUUGGUAUUCAGAUUACUUGAGUGCAUGUUUUGGCAGCAGGAACCAAUAAAACAGGAGAAGAAACAAUGUUUUUAAUCCAGUUUACAUGGUUCUUUCUUUUGGCAAGUCAAGACUUUGUGAGCUGUGCAAACACAACGAUGACUGUAGAGUUAGGGGCUACGCUUACAUUAAACUGCACCUACAAUUGCGCCUCUGGAUUUGUUCGCGGAUGUUGGAAGAAAACACAGAACGAUACUGCUUGUCUUGGCCACGGCAGCGUCAGCCAAGGCAUGUUUUGUACCGUGUCUCUCCAUCUGUCAAAUGUUUCCAUUAAAGAUCUGGAUUAUACCUACACUUGCUUCACAGUAGCCACAGAUCACCCACAACUUCGAGAAAACACGGAACGCACCGUGUUACUACUUCAAGAACAAACAAGCUCCAGAGGCCGGACAGUUACCCAUAAAAACCAUAUUACAAACACUUCACCAAAAGAUCCAAGCGGAGGAGAAUUCAAUGGAAUGAAGGUUUUGGCAGCAGUUACUAUUGCAGUGGCUAUGGUGCUUGCAGCUUUGGCUAUGUACCUGUGUCUGAAUUGCAGCAGGCAGAGCUGGAAUGGUAAAGGUCAGCCUCUUGUUUCCAUGGCAGGCUCACCACGACCAUCUCCUACUGUUCUGCCACCAGUAAAGGGAUCACUGUCAACACAGAGUGAAAGACCGACACUGAGGAUUCCAACUCCAGAUAAUGAGAGCGACACGGAAGUUCCCUAUGCUGAUAUAAUGAUCACCGUCCGAGGUGUGAGCACACCGGAGCUCACUCAGGUUGGCUACUUGAACUGUGGGGAGCAAAAAGAGUGGUGGGGGGAUGAGUGUCACUUCCACCUGCAGGCCUCCCGCUCAGCUGAUCGGCUCCACGUCCCUCAGCCCAGAGAGGUCAGCCGCAAAAUGAGCACAAACUCAGAGUAUGCUGUCAUCACAUACGCAUGAUGACUGAAGAAUAUCCUGCUGUUGGAGAGAACCGCAAACAUGCCUUGUAUUGUUGCUAUCUGGCUUGUAACGCUGUUUUAUGCUUGUCGUGUCUGUGUUUUGUAUAAUUGUGUCUUUUAUACCCAAUAAAAGUAUUCGAGUUUA